GUGUUUGUGUGUGGCAAAGCCACGGAGGAAAUGAUGCAGGAGCUUCCUCGCUAUCUGCGAAGAGCCUCUUGCGUGGGUCUGUCGGGCGCACUUUGUCCCUGAAUCUAAUAUUAGGGCCCUACACCUUGGGGCGAAAUGCUUUUGCGAGUGCAACGGAAAUGCGCGUCUGCGCACCGGUGCUCAAAGUGAGUCAAACGUCCGUGCGCGCGGUAUGGCGCAGCGUCUCUGUUUUUUUCCUUGUGAUUAGCCCAUAUCCGAGCACGUACCACCACUGCCAGCAUCGGGCUUGCAUGCGACUGCAUUUUUGCCAUUUCCUAGCGGAUCUAGAGACCACGUGUGUCCCCGCAUCUCGAAGCGCAGCGUCUGUACUUUCCUCCUGCAGUGCUCCGGCCGUGGCCCUGUUCUGCCCGCUGGCGCUGCCGGCCUUCGCAGGAACCAUCCGAGGCGUGCGCGGCUUCGGAGAUGCGGCGGGCGGCGGCGGGGCGGUCGUGCCGGCGGUCGCCUACACGGCGCCCGUUGCCCUGGUGCGCUUCGAGGCCCGGCCAGAGGUGAAGGUCAAGCUGGUGCCCAAGCCCGUAAACGGAUACGUGACCGAACCAGUGGCGUCGGUGCAGCAUGGUUUCAAGCCCGUGCUGACCAUCGCCGCCGGCGUGCCCGUCAGUCUCGUAGACGGCAGCAUAGGUGGAGGUGUGGGCAGCCCCUUCGGGCCGUCCACGGACUUCUUCUCUAGUUACGGAGCGUCUAACAGCUUGGACUACAAAUGGUGACUUGUGCCGGUGCCCCGCCGGGCAUGCAGACCGGAGAAACAGUGCUGUUUCUGCUACCGGGCAGUUUGCUCCCAGAAAGAGCUGCCGGGGGUCAAGGCAGAUCGGGCGCUCUGGCGUCACGAUCGAACCAUCGUGUAUAUUUUGUACAUAGGCCUAUAUAUACGCGCCAAGUAUGAAAUUGGGCGCCCCUGUGUAGGCUGCGUCUGCAGCCUUCGUUGCUCCAAGUCAACGUCCUCGACGACGACGAAUAUAUGAUUCCGGAAUAGCAACGCUGGAACCGGCAUGACUGCCUCGCUUCCUGACUCGCCUACGGCGGCCCUUCGAGAUCUCAAAUAAAAUUGCU